AUGAACAAGUUUCAAGAAGGUAUUCAAGCUCAGAGACAACUUGUGGAGCAGCUGCGCAUAGAGGCUGCAGUGCACAGGAUGACGGUUUCUGAAUCAAUUGCAGAAAUAAUGAAAUUUUGCCAGCAACGUCAAGAUGAGGAUGUGCUCAUGAAAGGAUUCCCUAAACAAAAUGACAACCCUUUCAAAGAAAAAGGUGGAUGUUCCAUUAUUUGA